GUGUCCGUCCGAGGCCGCGCGCUCUCCUGCAGCUCCCGGGGCCCGGAGAGACCAGGCCCAGGCCCAGGGACAGAGCUCGAGGCCCAGGCCUAGGGACCAGACUAAGGCCAGGCCCCGAGAGACCAGACCAAGGCCCGGUGAGUGUGAGUGAGCAGGCCGUGCAGACACCGUCAGCCCGGGACUGGGCGAGAGACACCAGACCGGAGGAGGAGGCGGCGGGUGGAAGAUUGAAGAUUUGUACUUCAAUUUGAAGAGACCACAUUCCAUUGGGCAGUAAUCAUGCCACCUAAAUUUAAACGACAUCUAAAUGAUGACGAUGUGACAGGUUCCAUAAGAAGUGAAAGGCGGAACCUGUUAGAAGACGAUUCUGAUGAAGAGGAAGAUUUUUUCCUAAGAGGACCUACUGGACCAAAGUUUGGACCACAGAAUGAUAAGAUCAAGCAUGUCCAGAAUCAAGUGGAUGAAGUUAUUGAUGUGAUGCAGGAGAACAUCACUAGAGUGAUUGAACGUGGGGAACGACUUGAUGAACUACAAGACAAAUCUGAAAGUUUGUCUGAUAAUGCCACGGUUUUCAGUAACAGAGCAAAGCAGUUACGGCGUCAGAUGUGGUGGAGAGAAUGUAAGAUGAAGGUCAUCAUAGCGGUGGUCGUUGUAAUUGUCUUGUUAGUCAUUAUCAUACCUGUAAUUUUGAAGAAUCGCUCCUGAUGACGAGUCACGCACAGCAUCCAUCCACAGGAAAGUUACUGCCUCAAUCUCUAGAAACUACUGGAGAUAUACGCAAAAUAUCCCAGUUAUUGUAAACAGGAAGUAUAUUUCUAUCUGUCUUUUACCGAAGAAAAAUAUUUAUGGGCAGUCAGUGUGAUGAGUGCCUGCCUGGAACAGGGGACCAAUGCAUUAUAAAGCUGCUGUCUACAAGAAGGAAGUCUAUUUUAUUUCUGGUGUAUUGAUUUUUGUCCCUUCUCUGCUAUUGGCUACCUAAAUAGUGUGAACAAUUUUCCCUCUUUACUGUGAGGGACACUGGUUCACAUUUGGAGUAUGGGUUCCACAGAUAUAGCAGCCCCCUCGCCAGCUUAAACAAAAGUUCAGUUGGUGAGUAAAUAUCGUUACAUCGCAAUACAGUAAAGCUAAAUCCUAUCCUCUCUCAACCUGAGCAUUUAUGUGGUUCUUGCAGUUGGAUCAUAAGGGGCGAUCUUGACUACUUCUCUCCACCCCUCCCCAUUCCAAAGGGUGCUAAGGCUAAUUGUUCUGCCCAAGCUUCUUUCCUGCCUAACUUUGUAUAAUCCUGGAUGAAACCUUGCACUUUCUGUGGUUCAAUGCAGAACCAGGUGAUAAAGUAGUCCAAUAAACUAUUAGAGAAGCAUAUGAAGUAUAUGGUUGGAGGUAAAGAAAGAUUAAGUAGAUUCUACAUCUAAGGGUCACUGGUCUUUUUGCACAGUAUCCUAUCUCUAUGCAGAAUCUAUUCAGUCAUGCACAAUAUAAAGAGAAUAUAUGGACUAGUUUAUAAUAAAUUAUGUGAAACCUUUUUCUGACUGUCAAACCCUUUUACUUUGAGUGCUGUUUUAUUCUAGUAUAUUAUUUGAAACACUUCUUUGUGCUCAAAACUUUCAAAAUUGUUUUGGUUUUUCACAAAAAAGUUUGAUAACAAAAAAGCCUGAAACGCCAGCCAGGUUGCAGUUCGCUAACUGGAUUCACUUAUCCCGUCUUGGAGAAGUGGGGAAUUUCUUUGUUUUGCUUUUAACAUCAGGAGGAAAAUAAGCUUAAACUAAUAUUCUUUUAAAGGAUCAUGCCACUAAUCACCUGCCAUGUGACUACAUCUGUGAAAAGUCACCUUUUUCAGAUCUUAAAGCCUUAUGUUAUAGAUGUGUUCUGGCAUUAGCUGUGCUGUUUUCAAAGUUUAAUGUUUGAAAAUAGCUAGUUCAAUUUUGAUGUUGAUGUUGGUGAUCAAAUAUGUUUGCUGUUAAGCAGAGCUUUAGUGUCCCCUUGCUCUGGAAGGUAUGGCUGGAAACAUAAUCAUGACUGAGAAAUAAUCUAGCUAGACUUGCUGCUGGGUAUAGUGCAAUGGGACUUAAAGCUAAGGUGUGCAGCCAAUUACAUGCUCAUUUUGUCAGCUGUUUUAAAAACAUAAAUUCCUUCAAUUCUUCCUUGAUUUGCUACAAUUGUCUGUUCAAAGCACAGGUAGAAUAGCAAAUCAGUAAUUCAGAACCUGAACCAGUGGUCUGAUGAUCGCUGAUGUAUCAUCAUCUUUACAUGGUAUUUUGAUUUCAAAACAGUGGCUUUUAAUAACUCAGACUUGAUACAAUGGGGUUUUCUUUAUUUAAUUACGAUGCCUGUUGGUUAGUCUCUUAGUUUGGAUGAAUUGGCAGCACAGGCUACACUGCAUUAAUUUCUAAGCUGAACCAAUUACCUUGAGGCAUUGCAGGUUUUGAAAUGUAAGUCAAAAGAAACAUAUGGAUUUGGAGAUCAAGAAAAUCAAAUACUCUGGAAAGUAGCCAAGUAAAAUGCAAGUUGUGCAUCAGUGGACUUCCUCAUUGAAUGCUCACAAAUGUAUCUUUUAUUUGAGGGGUUGGUUUUAACAAAUUCCAAAAAGGAUACAAUUCAGCAUAGUUUGAGAAAAUGAUUCUAUACUUUGUUUCCAAUGCACUGUUAAUAAUUUUACCUGUUACAAGUGUUAAACAAAAGGUGAUAGUCACUAAUGACAUUUCAGGACCGUUGAAAGGAAAUCAGGGUUGCAGUUAUUUAAACUUACUGCCAUUAAGAUGUGAGAUUUUUGUAUGACUACUGUAUACAACAAAAUGACGCAGUCCUUAGUGAGGAGCAUAAAAUGGAAUCCAUCCACAAUCACUCAGGCACACAAUCACUUAAACCACCCUGAGCAGCACAGCUUAAAGGAGGCAUUCAAAAUCAAGUUUCGUGACAGCAUUGGAGCAGUCAGGAGUUGUGGAAGUGAUGCUUCUUUUAAAAAUAAUAUGCUAUUUACUUUUGUAUGCAGAAAUUGGUAGCAAGCAUUAGUGUUAACCUGCAAACAAUCAUUACAUUUUGGCAAUGCAGGUGAGACAACUCUCAAUCAGUUUCACAGGAUUUUAUUUCAAGACUGUAUUUUGAAUGCUUCUUGCCAGGCAAGAGACUCCCAAUAUAUAGCCAUGGGGGCUGAUAGCAGUACUGAUGGCUCUGUUCCUGGGCCCAGUUUCAGUCUUUUUCCAGUCCACUUUUUGUGAAAUAUGCCUAACUUCUUUUAAUUGCUUUCAAGGCAGCCUAAGAAGACACAUAGCUCAGUGGCUACUGGUUCAAUUCCAGCCCCCAGUAACAGUCUGGGUGGGCUUUGCACAUUCUAUAACAUAAAGUUUCUGUGUAGGCUACCUCCGGAUGUUCCAGUUUCCUCCCACAGUCCAAAGAUGUGCACGUUAGGUGGAUUGGCCAUGCUAAAUUGUCCAAUAGUUUACAAGAAUAUGUUAGUUGGGUGAGUUAAAUGUAGGAAAUCAAGGGUUACGGAGAUAGAGGUGAGUCUGGGUGGGAUGCUGUUUGUAUUUGAUGGGUCAAAUUGCCUACUUCCACGCUGUAGAGAUUCUAUGAACUGAAUGGCUUAGUUAGUAUUACUGUCUUGAGAUAACUACACUGACUCAUUAAAGGUCAGCACCAAAAUAUUCAGUACAGUCAGCCUAGACUGAUCACAAGUGCUGGAAAAUUGCGAUCCUCAGUGUCAGUGGAGCUUUGGCAUUUACCAACAUCUGUAUUGACUGUAGUAGCUUAGACAUCCAGGUGAGUGGAAAAUGUCAUCCUGUUUUAUUUGCCUGGGAUGAACAUUUGAUCCACAACACCUAUUCUGGAAUAUAAAAACUUAUUCCCUUAAAAUGUGGUUUAAGCAAAUGUAAAUCCAGCGCAUGACCAGUACAUUAAGUAGACUUAGAAGAAAUAAUAAGCUGAUAAUUCAGGCUUCCAAAAUAAUUAAUAUAUGCAUUUUCAUAAUUGUAAAUUUCAUAAUUUGCUCUGCUAAAGUAUGUAAAACAGUAGGUACUUCCUUUAAAAUCGCAUUGACCUUCUGUAAUUUCAUAUUUACACAAGUACACAGUGAAAACACAUUUCUGCUCAACGAUGUUUUGUUAGCAGAAAUGUAUUGUUUUGGUCUGUGUAUAAUGGUGACAUUUAAUAAAGCAGGAGUAACAGCCCAUUUGAGUAAUUUAUUCUUGUUUGGUCAUAUUCAUUUGAUCGAGCAUCAGAAGAUUAUGUAGGAACAUGUUAUAAAACUUUAACAUACACAGGAAAUGGUGGAGAAACUCAGGUCUGGUAGCAUCUGUAGAAAGCAAAACAGAGUUAAUGUUUUGAGUCUAGCCUGACUCCUAUGCUGAAGCAGUCAAACUAGAUUUGAAACGUUAACUCUUUUUCUCUCAACAGAUGCUACUAGACCUGCUGAAUUUCCCCAGCCUUUAUUUGUUUUUGUUUCAGAUUUCCAACAUGUGCAGCAUUUUGCUUUUGUUGUAAAACUUUAGCGUUUAUACAGUUUUUUUUUCUCUGUUCUUCCCCACAGUCAUAGAUUGUUGGUCUGCAGAUCCGUUCAAGUCCUGUUGAGAUCACCUAGAGAAAAUCCAAAUUGAAAUGGGUUUUAUUCAUAGCCAUAAUCAAGGUUAACCUCUUUCUCACAUUGCAGUUUAAUGUGUACCCAUUAUUAACCCAAUUAAAAUUAUCCACAUGCUGUGGAAAUCUAACCAUGGUUACUUUUUACCCCUUUGUACAGUAUUUGAACCUUCAUUUUGUUUGCAAUAUGUCUGCAACUGUAUAUUUGUACAACCUUCUCUCUCCGUCCCAUGCUGUCCUUGGGCCCCCCAACGACAUGGAUCUGAUCAGUGUCAUACUUGCAGGAAUUUGGCUUGGAUUUUGUUUUAUAUAUUGUUUUUCCUCACCUUUGUUGUAAACUCCUAACCUGAGCCCAUUGCCAUGGGAAACUGGUUGCUUAUAAAAUCUGUAGUGCAGGCUUUUGAUUUACCAGUAUGACAUUCAAGGUGAAAGGUUUAUUUUUUAUUUUUUCACGGUUCAUCCAAGCGAUGUGGGCUUCUUCCCCUAUGUCUUCACUCACCACUUCAAGCAGGCUAUGGUGAUCUGAGAGAUAGGAAGAUAGGUAUGGCACUGAAGAAGAAUUCAAAGGCUACACAAAGCCUGGAGUCUGAUGUGAAUACUUCUGUGACCCUAGUGAUGUGGUGUGAAAAUACCACCAAGAUCUUUUUAAAGAUUGUAAAAAUACUUGUAUAUUUAAGGAAUUUGUUGAUUUUUGUGUUGUAACUAUGUUUUAGUGCAAUUGUAUUUGUUAUUCAUAAUUGCAUUGUGCAGACCACCUUUAACUUAUUAUGUAUAUGUAUAGGUGAAUGCAGGGGCAAUUUGAUAGUAUUCCCUGAAUUAUGAGGGAAACUACUGAGAAUAGACUUAAUUUCCAGGUAAAAUAUUACAUCUUUUCAUUGCUGGAUUUCUUUUAAUUGUUGCAAGAUAAUAUGAUUUGAAUUUUUUGAUUCUUUUGAAAGUUGUAUUAACUAUAAAUACUGCAAAUAAAAAGUUAAUAAUCUCUAAA